AAAAAUAUGGCGGACGACAUGCUGAUAAUCCAAGCAAAGCUCUCAUUUUUUCGUAAAAUCAAGCAGUUAGAAGAUAUAUUGCCAUUUGACAGCCAUGAGCUUUAUAAUUGAUGAUACUGAUAUUCCGGAGGACGAUGUCAUUCUGUUUUCUAUCUUGUAUUCGUGUGUCACGGUUGUGUUUGCCAUGGCAGUUCUUUCAAAAUUCUUGACGAAUGAAUUCCGUUUCGGUUUUAGAUCAGCUUUAAGCUUAGCAGUUCUGUUCUUAGGAGAACCAUUAUGUCAAUUUUUCGUGAAGGGGCCAAUUGGAGUCGUUUGCUUUGCUGUUGGAUGCUUAUUGGUGUAUUCUAUACUCCCUGCCAGCCACUUACCGGUUGGAAAUAAAGCUGUUCUUAUCACAGGGUGUGAUUCUGGCUUUGGUAAUGCGUUGGUGGCAAAACUUGAUUCUAUUGGAAUGCAAGUGUUCGCGGGCUGCCUCGAUAAGGAUGGUCCUGGAGCCGUGUCCCUAAGACAUUCGUGCUCUGACAGGGUCCACUUGCUGCAGCUGGAUGUUACCAAAGAUGAAGACAUUCAGGCAGCUGUCAGCAUUGUACAAGCCCAUGUUGGCAGUGAAGGUCUGUGGGGACUUGUCAGCAAUGCAGGGGUGUGCUACAUUGGGGAGCUUGAAAUGAUAUCUGAGUGGAUCACACGGAAAGUCAUGGACAUAAACCUGUUCGGUGCAAUAAAAGUUACCAAGUCUUUCUUGCCCUUGAUGAGACCAGCCAAGGGCAGAAUCAUCAUUGUUUCAAGUGUUUUAGGUAGAAUCUCAUUUGAGGGUUACGGUAUCUACGGCAUAUCCAAGCACGGGCUAAUUGCUUAUGCUGAUACGCUGAGGCAGGAGAUGAGGAAAUGGGACAUCAAGGUCUCUCUGAUUGAGCCCACUGGAUACGCUACUGAAAACACUUCUGAUUCAUCGAUGCGGCUUAAACGGGAGGAAAUCUGGGACACAAUGGACGAACAGACCAAGGCCACAUAUGGGCGAGAAUAUUUAGAUGAAAUUUACAACAAUUUACUUGGAAUUUUCAAAAUGCUUCCAGAUGAUUUGACCCCAGUCAUUCGUGCCAUGAGGAGUGGCCUGCUGUCAAAGCGACCCCGAGAACGCUACCCCUGUGGAGCAGGGGCUGACUUUGUCACCUACAUAUUUGGAUUGCUUCCCAUCUGGAUAUCAGAUAAAGUUACCAUGUCCAUGUCUGCCAUGCCUAAAACUGCCAAGCCACGGAUACAGAUGAUUCAGUAGUGCAGAAAUCAGUAGUAAAGUUAACUGACUAUUUAUUCUAAAGAUAUUGUAGAUAUUAUGCUCUUGCAGAAUAACUUUGGCAUGCAAACAGUAGCUGCUGUGCCAGUAUGUCUGUAGGUCUUUCAUUGCAUCCGUAAUCAUACUUUCUUUUCCACAGUACUUCUUAAUAAUGAGUGGCUUCAAGGACAUUUUGUUUUAUAGCAACUAUUGUGCAUUAUACUGUAAUGUUUUAUUCGUUCUAUUUAGCUCACCUGAGCUCACCUGAGCACAACAUGUGCUUUUGUGAUCGCCUUUUGUCCGUCGUCCGUUGUGCAUUUUGCGACGUCAACAUUUGCCUUGUUAACUCUCUAGACGCCACAUUUAUUGUCCAAUCUUCAUGGUCAGAAGAUUGGUCUUAAUGAUAUCUUGGAUGAGUUUGAAAAUGGUUACGUUGGCUUGAAAAACAUGGCUGCCAAGGGGCGGGGCAUUUUUCCUUAUAUGGCUAUAUAUGGCUAUAGUAAAAUCUUGUUAACACUCUACACGCUGCAUUUAUUGUCUGAUCUUUAUGAAACUUGGUCAGAAGAUUCAUCCCAAUAAUAUCUUGGACGAGUUUGAAAAUGAUGCCGGUUGGUUGAAAAACAUGGCCGCCAGGGGGCGGGGCAUUUUCCUUAUAAGGCUUUAGUAAAACCUUGUUAACACUCUAGAGGCCACAUUUAUUGUCCAAUCUUCAUGAAAUUUGGUCAGAAGAUUUUUCUUAUUGAUAUCUUGGAUGAGUUCGAAAAUGAUUACGUUUGCUUGAAAAACAUGGCUGCAAAGGGGCGGGGUAUUUUUCCUUAUGUGGCUAUAUAUGGCUAUAGUAAAAUCUUGUUAACACUCUAGAGGCCACAUUUAUAGUCUGAUGGUCAUGAAACUCAAGUCAGAAGAUUCAUCCCAAUAAUAUCUUGGACGAGUUCAAAAAUGAUGCCGGUUGGUUGAAAAAUAUGGCCACCACGGGGGCAGGGCAUUUUUCCUUACAUGGCUAUAGUUAAACCUUGUUAACACUAGAGGUCACAUAUUUUUUUCGAUCAUCAUGAAACUUGGUCAGAAGAUUUGUCCCAAUGAUAUCUUGGAUGAGUUUGAAAAUGGUUUUGGUUGCUUUAAAAACAUGGCCACCAGGGGGCGGGGCAUUUUUCCUUAUAUGGCUAUAUAUGGCUAUAGUAAAAUCUUGUUAAUACUUUAGAGGCCACAUUUACUGUCCGAUCUUCAUGAAACUUGGUCAGAAGAUUCAUCCCGAUAAUAUCUUGGAUGAGUUCAAAGAUGAUGCCGGUUGGUUGAAAAACAUGGCUGCCAGGGGGUGGGGCAUUUUUCCUUAUAUGGCUAUAGUAAAAUCUUGUUAACACGAGGCCACAUUUAUUUUCCGAUCUUCAUGAAACUUGGUCAGAACAUUUGCCCCAAUAAUAUCUUGUUAUCUCAGGUGAGCGACAUUGGGCCUUUCAGGCCCUCUUGUUUAAAAAUUAGUUCCACCCUUCACAUUGCAUUUAUAUUGCUUUACAAAGCACAUGACACUAUAUUUAUUCCAUAAUUUCCGCAUAUUUCUGUGUUUUGAAAAUGAAAUUAAGACCAUGGCUGAAAACAACUCUAGAACAUAAAUGACUUUAUGAAAAUGAACAAAAGAAAAACGUCACACUGCGCAUGUGGCUGUAAUCAACAAUGUUGAAUACACACAAACAUUUCAGAUGGGGUGUUAUUUCAUAAAGAAAUAUAUAAUUAUAGAAUAAAAUUUGUUAAACAUUAUACAAAUGUAUAAUUUAAUAUUAAUGAUUCAAUGUGAACAAGGUUAAAGCUAAACCUUUGCUUAAUUGUUUAGAUAUUCAUCAUUUUUAGCGAGGCUGUUUUCGGAGAAAACCCAAGCUUUUGUCAUAGCCAGCUCGUCGUCCGUCGUGCUAAAACUUUAACAUUGGCCAUAACUUUUUAAAUAUUCAAGAUAGCACCUUGAUAUUUGGCAUGCAUGUGUAUCUCAUGGAGCUGCACAUUUUGAGUGGUACAAUUUCAAGGUGAACAUCAUCCUUCAAGGUCUAGGGUCGAAAAAACAAAGUCAAGGGAAGUUAUAAGCUUUAAAUGGACAUAGUUAUCUGACCUGCCCACAUAUAUAUUUUUGUUAAAUAAAUCAAAGAGGCGCAGUAGGCGGCAUUGUGUUUCUGAGAAACACAUUGUGGUAAAAGGUCAAGGUCAUUCUUUACGGUCUAUGGUAAAAAAUACAGAUUUAAGGGAAGUAAUAAGCUUUAAAAAGGGAGAAAAUUAUUCAAUAUUAAACAUAGCCACUUUAUAUAUUUGGCAUGCAUGUGCAUCUCAUGGAGCUGCACAUUUUAAGUGGUGAAUCUACAGUCACAGUAUAGUGGCUUUAAAAUAUUUGCUACUAAAAAUAGAUAUUUGUUACAGACAAUUAUUUUCAAGGGAAGUUAUUUAUAUAAUUAUAAAUCUCAUAUUAUAUAUUUCCUUACCAAGAAUUGAAGUUCUUUUCACAGUUACUGUACAGAUUUAUUAUUUUGAUUAUUUAUAACCCAAAUUAUUGAUUUUUCAAAGUUUUUUUUUAAAUGAUAUAAUUAUAAUUUCUUUGAUGUUCACCUGUGGACUUAUGUCCAUAGAUACAUGAUCAACUCUGGGUUAUGAUCUCUUUUAAACCACAGGCCUUGGUUGUCAGUGAUGUCUGACAUGGUCAUAAUUGACUGUGAGACCCUCCCCCCCCACCCCUCCCCCCCCCGGUUGGAUUGGACAAAAUUCAAGGGAAGUAAUAACCUUUAAAGGGAGAUGAUUUCUAUACCUGCCAAAUGAUAGACAUUUUAUUUCAAUGCGGCGCAGUAGGGGGCAUUGUGUUUCUGACAAACACAUCUCUUGUUGGGUCACGAGGUCAAAGGUCAAGGUCACUGUGACCUCUAAAAAAAAAAAAAUUAUUCUGACAAGCUUUCGCAGCCGAGCGUGGCACCCGUUAUGCGGUGCUCUUGUUAUAAAGAAUUAUCAAUAUCCACUCAAUUUUAUGCUUCAUUCAUUUUAAUUUCUGUGUUUUUGUGUAACUUGCUUCAUUCAUUUUAAUUUCUGUGCUUUUGUGUAACUUAACACAACCUUUUAUGUAGCAUAUUGAAAGUAUGUUUUGCUUAAUUAAGUUUUUCAAUCCCCCUGUUCAGAGUGGUAGGAAGGAUUAUAGGAAUGUCAUGUGUGGAUCUUUCUGUCAAUCAGUCUGCUGUAUACCUCCUAUACACUUUUAAUGAUUUUCAUGAAAUGUGGCUAGAAUGAUAAGGUCAUUAAAGGCAUGAGGUAUGCACAUUGUCUAAAGGCCAAGGUCAUACUUCAAAAUAAACAAAUAGAGCUCAGAUUUACAUGUCUGAUCUUGCAACCUGUUCCCAAAAGAUUUACAUAAAACGUGGCCACCAUAUUUCGGUUCUAAAGACGACGCUCAGACAGCAUAAGUCCUGCUCGAGGUCGUCUUUAAUAUUCAAAAGUUUGAGUAUCUCAUGUUGUCGAUCCAUACUGCUUUAUCCAUUGAUAGAUUUUCUGGAAACUUUGUGAAAAUAUUUUUGUCAUUGAGAUGAAGUGUAGGAGGCAUAAUCACACAGCCUCAUGGUCAAGGUCAAACUUUAAUGUAAACAGUGUGAAGCUUUAUUGUUUGUCUAUUGUCCAUUGAUGGAUUUUAUCACAUUUGGCCACUAUUUUGUAGGUCUUUAGGACAGUAAGGUAUGAGUCUGUCACGCUGGAAUAAAAUUUAAAAAAUGUAUUGCUGUCUCUUCGACUGUCCAGUAAUAUUUUUUAAAGAAGUAGACAGCUGUAUGUUUUUAUGCCCCCCUUCGAAGAAGAGGGGGUAUAUUGCUUUGCACAUGUCGGUCGGUCGGUCUGUCGGUCGGUCCGUCCACCAGGUGGUUUCCAGAUGAUAACUCAAGAACGCUUAGGCCUAGGAUCAUGAAACUUCAUAGGUACAUUGAUCAUGACUCGCAGAUGACCCCUAUUGAUUUUGAGGUCACUAGGUCAAAGGUCAAAGUCACUGUGACCCGAAAUAGUAAAAUGGUUUCCGGAUGAUAAUUCAAGAACACUUAUGCCUAGGAUCAUGAAACUUGAUAGGUAGAUUGAUCAUGACUCGCAGAUGACCCCUAUUGAUUUUCAGGUCACUAGGUCAAAGGUCAAGGUCACAGUGACCCGAAGUAGUAAAAUGGUUUCCGGGUGAUAACUCAAGAACGCUUAUGCCUAGGAUCAUGUAACUUGAUAGGUAUAUUGAUCAUGACUCGCAGAUGACCCCUAUUGAUUUUGAGGUCACUAGGUCAAAGGUCAAGGUCACGGUGACCCGAAAUAGUAAAAUGGUUUCCGGAUGAUAAGUCAAGAACGCUUAUGCCUAGGAUCAUGAAACUUCAUAGGUACAUUGAUCAUGACUCGCAGAUGACCCCUAUUGAUUUAAAGGUUACUAGGUCAAAGGUCAAGGUCACAGUGACAAAAAACAUAUUUACAAAAUGGCUAAUGGCUGUCACUAUAACUGAGAGCCCAUAUGGGGGGCAUGCAUGUUUUAUAAACAGCCCUUGUUAAAUAACUUGUUCAAAAACGUUAUUAUGCUUUCAAUUUUUUGUUAUGGUAUGAUACUCUUACAAUGUUGAUUAUUUGUUAAUAUUUAUGUUCAUUAUAAUGUGCAUUGUGUAAUCCUAGUCUGAAUUAGUAAAUUUACAUGUAUGUUAAUCUCUUAAAAUCCUUUUUUGCAUUGUUUGUUUAAAAGCAAGCCACUACUCUUGUUGUAUUGUAAUAUUGUAUGUUUGAAACUUCAAACUGCUAUAUUUGAAUAGUGCUGAACAAUUAUAAAUCGAUCAAUACAAAAGAGCAAUACAGAACAACUAAAUAUCUACUAUUGCUUUGUAAUGUCAUAGUUUUAAGCUUUACUAUUUAACUGGAUUGUUCAAGUGGUAGUACAUGCACAUUAUUUAGCAUUUACAUAGUGCUCUGUUAAGGGUCAUUGAGUCUGUAAGUGUGUGUUGUACGGAAACAGCUCUUUAUUAUGUCCCCAUGAAGUGAUUUAAAUGAUUUUAAUGUGAAAGUGAUUGUAAUAAAGGCUUGUAUUUUCUACUAUCUAAAAUUGAAGAUAAUAUUGAACCAAACAAUUUUGUGCAGAAAAUGGCCAUUUAUCUGAUUUUCCACUAAAUAAUUUCCACUAUUGUUCCAAAAUAAUUUGUGUUUUACUCCUGUGACUGCUUGAUUAUUUUUCUUUAACUUUCACAGCUAAAUGUGUAGGUGAUCGUUAAAGGAGGAAUUUUACUGCAAUCAGUUUUGGCCCUUUUUUCCAUUUGAGAUUAUAUGGUGGAUUUGUUUAUGUCCAAAUAUAAGAUGUGUGCAUCAGUGUCUGUGACAUAUUUUCUAUUAUGCUAAAUUUGUUCUUUGCUUUGGAAUUAUAUUCAUAUAUAUGUGUGUUAUUUUUUUAAAUCAAUGCAAUUUUUCACUGUGUUCCAGUUAGAUAUAUAUCUGUUUUAUAUUUUUGUCAUAUUCACUUUUCAUUUGGCCAUUAUUUGCUAUGUAGAUGUCUCAUGUCGUACCUUUUUAUGCCCCCGGAUCGAAUGAUCAGGGGUAUAUUGUUAAUAUUGUUUUGGCCUGUCUGUCUGUAUGUGUCACAAACUUUAGCCUUGGUCAUAACAUUUGCAAUAUUGAAGAUAGCAACUUGAUAUUUGGCGUGCAUGUGUAUCUCAUGGAGCUGCACAUUUUGAGUGGUGAAAGGUCAAGGUCGUCCAUCAAGGUCAAAGGUCACAUAUAUUGCUUCAAAACGGCGCAUUAGGGGGCAUUGUGUUUCUGACAAACACAUCUCUUGUUAAUUCCGGAUUUACAACAAGUUUUUUUUUUUUUAAUUAAUACAUAAUAGGAAGACUAUCUAUGUUAUGAGUAUUGGUAAUUUAUGUAAAUAUAUAGAAACUUAUGUUUCAAAAUUGCGGGAACAUCCUUUAUUACCAAACUUGCAUGAAGAUGCUUGCAGUUAAAAUUGUUAUGUACAUGACAAGUGCUAUAAAUAUUUCUUUAAUAAUUGUUAUAUGCUGUGUGUCAUUUGGCAAUGAUUUAUUUCUGCUGUUAUUUUAUAGAGAAAUGCAUUGUAUUGGAAGAACCUAAAUAUACAACUUAAUGAAAAAAGUAUAAAUGCAGAGGUUUCAUUUUUUGUUUCAGUUUCAUAUUGCAUUUGCUUAAGUUGUGUCAAAAACUGUUGCUCUAAAACUGUAUUUUCAGAAUACCUGUAUAUAUUUCAAUGAAAUAAUGAACUGAGUGUUGGAAAUUGUAUAUGUUAUUAUGCCCCCCUUCGAAGAAGAGGGGGUAUAUUGCUUUGCACAUGUCGGUCGGUCGGUCUGUCGGUCGGUCCGUCCACCAGGUGGUUUCCGGAUGAUAACUCAAGAACGCUUGUUUAUCAAUUGUUUUCACAUAUUUAAUAAUGUGUCUCAUUGUAACAAGUGCUUAUUUGUAAGUUAUACUAUAUGUCCUUAAUUAUUUUGAAUACAGUCUUGAUGUUUAAUUUAUUACUUUAAAUCAAAGUGUUGCAUUUACAAUUUUCUGAGUACAUUAAGCACUAUUAAGUGUAUGUUGGAAUCUUCUCCAUCUUCUUUGUUCAGAGCCUUUUGUUACUAUUCUUACAUCUGUCAAGUAACUGUUAAAAACAUACCAAAAUAUGUGAUAAAGUCCCUUACAAAAGUUAAUAUUCAGAUUUGACAAACUUCAGAUAUCUUGAACUCAUUUAGAAUUCCAUACCACUAGAUGACAGCAAAGCUAAAUAGACCCUUUUAACAAUAAGCCAAAAUCAAUAAAAGCGCAGAGUCUGUUGACUUGCAGAGUUUAGGAAUGAGACUGAAAGUGUAGCCAUUUCACAUCUUACUUCAACCCUUCACUCUUUUGAACAUUUGGUGAUGUAAUGUUUUUGUUCAACACAAGAUGACAUUUUCAGAAUAAGCAGUAAUAUGUACUUCCCAUUUUAAGUGUUAAUACAUUAAAAAAAAUCUUCUUGAUUUAAGUACUUGCUUUUAUUAAAUAUUUGCACACAUUUAUACACUCUUUGUUUAAGCAUUUUUAUGCCACCCUUCGAAGAAGAGGGGGUAUAUUGUUUUGCACCUGUCAGUCUGUCUGUAUGUAUGUAUGUCCGUCCACCAGAUGGUUUCCGGAUGAUAACUCAAGAACACUUAGGCCUAGGAUCAUGAAACUUCAUAGGUAGAUCGAUCAUGACUUGCAGAUGACCCCUAUUGAUUAUGAGGUCAAAGGUCAAGGUCACGGUGACCCGAAAUAGUAAAAUGGUUUCCGGAUGAAAACUCAAGAACGCAUACGCCUAGGAUCAUGAAACUUCAUAGGUAGAUUGAUCAUGACUCGCAGAUGACCCCUAUUGAUUUUGAGGUCACUAGGUCAAAGGUCAAGGUCACGGUGACCCGAAAUAGUAAAAUGGUUUUCCGAUGAUAACUCAAGAACGCAUACGCCUAGGAUCAUGAAACUUCAUUGGAAGAUCGAUCAUGACUCGCAGAUGACCCCUAUUGAUUUUGAGGUUACUAGGUCAAAGGUCAAGGUCAAAGUGACCCGAAAUAGUAAAAUGGUUUUCGGAUGAUAACUCAAGAACGCAUACUCCUAGGAUAAUGAAACUUCAUAGGUAGAUUGAUCAUGACUCGCAGAUAACCCCUAUUGAUUUUGAUGUCACUAGGUCAAAGGUCAAGGUCACCCAAAUAGUAAAAUGGUUUUCGGAUGAUAACUCAUAAACCUAUGCCUAGGAUCAUGAAACUUCAUGGGUAGAUUGAUCAUGACUCGCAGAUGACCCCUAUUGAUUUUCAGGUCACAAGGUCAAAGGUCAAGGUCACGGUGACCCGAAACAAUAAACUUGUUUCCGGAUGAUAACUCAAGAAUGCUUUUGCCUAGGAUCAUGAAACUUCAUUGGUACAUUGAUCAUGACUCGCAGAUGACCCCUAUUGAUUUUCGGGUCACUAGGUCAAAGGUCAAGGUCACAGUGACAAAAAACGUAUUCACACAAUGGCUGCCACUACAACGGACAGCCCAUAUGGGGGGCAUGCAUGUUUUACAAACAGCCCUUGUCAUCAUGGUCUUUAAUCUAUCAAGAUUUAUCAAUAAUCUUGUUUAUUGAUAGAUCUGUGGUCUAAUUGACUGAUUUGCUUGAUACUUCACAUGUGCAUUGGCCUUUGACAG